AUGCACCUCCGGGGCCACGCUUCCCGAGCCACCCUGACCUCCUGGGCGUACUGCAAAAUCCCGCACCGAGCUGCAGGUGUUUUUCCUGGCCCCCACAAGCCCCUGCUGGGCCCUCCUCCUCCUCAGCCUUUGGUCAUUUCCUUGCCCAGAGAUGAAGACGACCGGCACAAGUGCGGCCGCUGCCAGUCCGAGUUCACCUCCUUGGAGGAGUUCGUGCAGCACAAGCUGCAGAAGCUUUGCCAGAGACCCCAGGAAGCGCCUGCGCCCUGUCUCUUGCCUCAGGUGGCCACCUCUGCAGAAGAGCCAAUCACUGUGGCUCACAUCGUCGUCGAAGCCUCUCCCAUCACAGAAGAGAUCGGCAGUGCGUCAGCAAUACUUGGCGGCGGGCACAUUAAGGAAGUCAUUGUCGUCGGCGACCAUGUCUUUGAAAACCCCAAUGGCCACACUGACGACAGCAAUGAUGCGGCCGCUGCAGAGGGGCAGGAGAGUCCCGAAGACCCGGAAGAAAGGGCCUCCGUGGAACUCAUCAAGGUCAAACUGCUGGUUAACAAAGAAGGCCGCUACGUGUGUGAGCUCUGCCACAAAACGUUUAAAACGGCCAGCAUCCUCAAAGCUCACAUGAUCACUCACAGCAGCAGAAAGGACUACGAGUGCAAGUUAUGUGGGACGUCCUUCAGGACGAAGGGUUCGCUGAUCCGCCACCAUCGCCGCCAUACAGAUGAGCGUCCUUACAAGUGCAAGAAAUGUGGGAAAAGCUUCCGCGAGUCGGGGGCUCUGACUCGUCACCUAAAAUCCCUGACGCCCUGCACGGAGAAGAUCCGCUUCAACAUGAACAAGGAAAUUGUAGUUGGCAAAGAGGACGUCGCCUCAGGUCCCGGCAGCUCCAACACGCAGACGGUUUCCUCGCUGGCCACUCAGUCCCUGGACUCCUCGCCCAUCAUCCGUCUCGUGACGGACGCCAAAGGGAAUGUCCUUCACGAAGUGCACGUCCAGAUGCAAGAGGUCCAGAUGCAAGAGCUCCCUGUCGCAGUGGCCACGUCACUGGACCAAGAGUCUCCCAGUCCUGCGGAGCUGGCCCCCGAGGGAGAGGACAACGAGAACUUGCUGCGCGAGGCCAUGAGGGAUUCUGGGAUCGUGAUAGAGCGCGUUUCGGUGGAGGAGGCGGCAACCAAAUCUGAUGGUGGCACAGAUGGGGCUGCGACUCCCGAGGAGUCAGAGAGCAAAGAGGCGGGCUCCCCAGAGAAGCUCUGCGAGGAGCAAUGUGUUGAGCAGGUAGAGACGCCAGACACGGAGAUGGCGGACGGAAGCCAGCACCACGCCUGCCCCUACUGCAGCGAAGCCUUCGAGGAGUCCAAGGACCUGGACGUGCACGUCAGCGGACAUCUAGACUACAAGCCCUUCAAGUGCGAGGAGUGUGGCAAAGAGUUCACGAAGGGCUACCUGCUGAAGAAGCACCAGGAAGUGCACGUCAACGAGCGGCGGUUCUGCUGCGGGGAGUGCGGCAAGCUGUACAAGACCAUCGCCCACGUCAAGGGCCACCGGCGGGUCCACUCCGAGGAGCGGCCUUACCCUUGCUCUAAGUGCGGCAAGAGGUACAAGACCAAGAACGCCCAGCAGGUCCACUUCCGGACCCACCUGGACGAGAAGCCGUACGUCUGCCACUUCUGCAACCAGGGGUUCCGAGAAAAGGGCUCCUUGGUGCGCCACCUGCGCCACCACACGGGGGAGAAGCCCUUCAAGUGCUACAAGUGCGGCCGGGGCUUUGCGGAGCACGGCACCCUCAACCGGCACCUGAGGACGAAAGGGGGCUGCCUGCUCACCCUGAAAGAGGCCGAAGUCGCCGUGGUGUCGGAGGAAGGCCAGACGGCAGACAGCUUGGCCGCGACCGUCAUUGCCGAGGAGGCCCCAACGGUCCUGGUGGAGUUCUCGUCGGUGGUGGCGGACACCCAGGAGUACAUCAUUGAGACAGCCACGGAAGACAUGGAAACCAGCGAAGCUACAGAAAUCAUAGAAGGAACGAGGCAUGAGGUGGACAGCCACAUCAUGAAAGUCGUGCAGCAGAUCGUGAACCAGGCCAGUUCGGGUCACCAGAUCAUUGUCCAGAACGUCACGGUGGCCGAGAGCGCCGGCCUGGCGCCCGACAGCACAGACACGAUCGCCAUCGCCACCCCAGAGAGCCUCACGGAGCAGGUGGCCAUGACCCUGGCGUCCGCCAUCGGUGAGGGGGCGGUGCUGGCUGCGGAGGGCGGCAGCGAGGCGGAAGCGGCCGCCCUGGUCGAGGAUAUCGAGAUCGUGGAGCACACGGGCGAGUUUGUGAUCGCCUCCCAGGAGGGGGAGCUGGAGGUGCAGACGGUGAUCGUCUAGGGGCCAGCCCACACCGUACCCCAUGCACACAGUGCUUUGCUGCUGGCGUGCCUGCGCUUGGUCUGUUCCCACGUACCCUGUCGGCAGGUACGUGGAACAGUGCAAGAGCUCAAGACUGGCUGCUGCUCCUUGUCACCUGGACGCAAGGUGUCACGGGAAGCAGCAGUGGUCCCUCGCGUGCCCUCCAGGGAGGGGGGAAGGGGGCCAUUUGGACAGCACUCUGCUCCCAGGCUGCUCUUCGUAGCAAAAAUGGCUGGGGAAAAGCACUUUAUCCUGGGCUGCAGGCCAAAGGAGAAGCAGAGCCCAGCUCCGCUGAGGGGCUCCCGGCCUUUCGUCCAUCCAGCCGCUUCAGGCAUGGAGUAAUGCAGGCGACUCAUGAUGGACGCAAACCUUCCAGAGGACGGUUUGAAAGGCUUCACCGCAAA